GCGCGGAGCUCCCGCUAGAGUGCCGGGAGGAUUGCCGCGUCUCUCGCCUGCAGCCAGCCCGGGAUGCCGGCUUUGCUGCUGCUGUGUUACCGGGCUCUUCCUGGCGAGCGAAUCGGUGUCCGCGACAGUAAAGUGAAAAAAAUUUGCAAGCCCAGCUUCUGCUGCUCGCGUAGCGGGUGCUCGUAGGCAAAGGAGGUGCUGCUUUUGUCGCUUUUGGUUUCGAAGGUGACACACGUACGUGCUGAACCGGAGACGCGGCCGGGGCACAGUCGCCGGCCGGGCUCGGGAGUGCAGGUGGUCACCACGAAAACGUGGGCUGAUCCUGGCAGCUCUGGGUGACCUCGUCUUGGGUGCUGCCCGAGAGUGCCGCAGACUGUAUUAGGAGGUACGAAAUUGUGAGGUUUUUAAAGUUGCAAGUGGUGAAACCGAAAAGUUCUCGUCGCGACGGGGAGUAUUACUGCACUGAUUGCUCGCUUACAUUUGACCUUGAAAGCCAAGACUAUCGAACUUCUCAUCAUCACAAUUAUUUUUUCAUCUCUUGGUGCUUUCUGCUUUGAUGGUAACUUUGGUGAAGAAGCGCUACUGACUUAUUUUACAUGAACGUGAAUCGGAGUAUUGUUUCUGUGACAUGAGGACUUAAAAUGGCAGCAGAAGAUUCCUAUAUUAUGGGAGUAUCUGAUCCCCAAAUGUUUACGGUGGAUCAGUUCAUGGGAAUGAAUGCUUUAUUUAACAGUACAAAUUACAUCACUGCAGACUUACCACUACGAACAGCAGAUGGACCAUAUCUUCAAAUCAUAGAACAGCCGAAACAGAGGGGAUUUCGUUUCCGAUACGUAUGUGAAGGGCCUUCACACGGUGGACUUCCUGGUGCCUCUAGUGAAAAGAACAAAAAAUCAUACCCUCAGGUCAAAAUCUGCAAUUAUGUUGGACCUGCAAAAGUAAUUGUCCAGUUAGUAACUAAUGGGAAAUAUGUCCACUUACACGCUCACAGCUUGGUGGGUAAAUUCUGUGAAGACGGUGUGUGCACGGUUAUCGCAGGACCCAAGGACAUGGUUGUAGGGUUUGCAAAUCUUGGAAUACUUCAUGUCACAAAGAAGAAAGUGUUUGAAACUCUGGAAACACGCAUGAUAGAUGCUUGCAAGAAGGGAUACAACCCAGGACUCCUGGUGCAUCCAGAACUCAGCUAUCUGCAGGCAGAAGGAUGUGAAGACAGGCAGCUAACUGAACGGGAAAGAGAAAUCAUCCGCCAGGCAGCCAUACAGCAGACCAAGGAAAUGGAUCUCAGCGUGGUGCGGCUCAUGUUCACAGCCUUCCUUCCUGACAGCAAUGGCAGCUUCACACGGAGACUUGAUCCCGUUAUAUCAGAUGCAAUAUAUGACAGCAAAGCUCCCAAUGCAUCCAACCUAAAAAUUGUAAGAAUGGACAGAACAGCAGGGUGUGUGACAGGAGGGGAAGAGAUUUACCUGCUCUGUGACAAAGUUCAGAAAGAUGAUAUUCAAAUACGUUUCUAUGAAGAGGAUGAGAAUGGUGGUAUGUGGGAAGGCUUUGGAGAUUUUUCUCCUACGGAUGUACAUAGACAAUUUGCUAUUGUGUUCAAAACACCCAAAUACCGAGAUGUCAAUAUCACAAAGCCAGCAUCUGUGUUUGUACAACUGCGUAGGAAAUCUGACCUAGAAACGAGCGAACCAAAGCCUUUUCUCUACUAUCCAGAAAUCAAAGAUAAAGAAGAAGUACAAAGGAAACGACAGAAGCUCAUGCCGAACUUCUCCGAUGGCUAUGGUGGAGGCAGUGGCACCGGAGGUGGUGGCAUGUAUGGAGGGGCAGGUGGUGGUGCUGGCUCUGGGUUCAGUUUUCCUUCAUACGGAUACUCUGCUUUUGGAGGGAUGCAUUUCCCUGGCACAACAAAGUCCAAUGCUGGAAUGAAACAUGAAGGUCUAUCAAAUUGCACAGCUGAACAAGACAGAAAGAGCUGUGAUAAACAAAAUGACCAAUGGGACAUGAAAUGUGACGUGAAGGUGGAAGCCGUGGAGAAGACUGAGUGCAGAAUGUCUGCUGUUAAUGACAAAAAGGAGGAUUCUGUUUUUUCCUGUAAAACGGAAGUAAGCGAAGCAGAUUGCAGGUGGCAGGAUGCUCUGUUCCUGGAGAAGGCCAUGCAGCUUGCCAGGCGCCACUGCAACGCUCUCUUCGAUUAUGCCGUAACUGGAGACGUGAAGAUGCUGUUGGCAGCUCAGCGCCAUCUCACUGCUGUCCAGGAUGAUAAUGGGGACAAUGUCCUUCAUUUAGCAAUUAUCCACCUUCAUACUGAGCUGGUGAAAAACCUCCUGGAAGUGAUGCCCGAUUUGAAUUACAAUGACAUCAUUAACAUGAGAAAUGACCUCUAUCAGACCCCCCUGCACUUGGCAGUAAUCACAAAGCAGGCAAAGGUGGUGGAAGACUUGCUGAAGGCUGGAGCAGAUGUCAGCCUUCUGGAUCGCCAUGGCAAUUCUGUCUUACAUUUAGCUGCUACUGAAGGAGAUGACAAGAUUUUGAGUGUACUCCUCAGGCAUGAGAAGGUAUCUCCCAUGGUCAACCUCCCCAAUGCUGAAGGUCUCAGUGCAAUUCACAUGGUGGUGAUGGCAAAUAGCAUGUCCUGCCUCAAACAGCUGAUUGCUGCUGGAGUUAAUGUCAAUGCUCAGGAACAAAAAUCUGGACGAACUGCACUGCACUUGGCUGUUGAACAAGGGAACAUCCCCUUGGCAGGCUGCCUUUUGCUUGAGGGUGAUGCAGAUGUGGACAGCACUACAUAUGAUGGGACAACUCCACUUCAUAUAGCAGCUGGAAGGGGCUCAACAAAAUUGGCAGCAGUUCUCAAAGCAGCAGGUGCAAAUCCUCACAUUGAGAACUUUGAGCCAUUGUUUGACCUAGAUUAUGUGAAAGAUGAUGAUGAUGAAGGGAUUGUGCCUGGAACAACACCACUGGAUAUGGCAGCCAACUCUGAGGUGUAUGACAUAUUAAAUGGCAAACCCUACGAGUCAGCAGAGGUUUUGGAGGACUUACUCACACAAGGACAUUUGAGAGAGCUGAAUGAGAAUUCCAAGAUGCAGCUUUACAAACUAUUGGAAUUGCCUGAUCCAACCAAAAACUGGUCCACCCUUGCACAAAAGCUGGGUCUUGGCAUACUUAAUAAUGCCUUCAGGUUGAGCCCUUCCCCUUCGAAGACUUUGCUGGAUAACUAUGAGGUGUCUGGUGGUACAAUUCAAGAGCUGAUCACUGCUUUGAGACAGAUGGAUCACACAGAAGCCAUAGAAAUAAUUCAGGAAGCACUGUCCGUCUCACGCAGACCGUCUCCCCUGGAAGACAGCACAGCAAAAGCUCUUUCGUCAUCAUCACCGCUCACCUUUGCAAAUGGAGAGACAGGUGAGCUUUAUAAUAGCAGAUUCCAAGACCUCGAAAGUACGUGUGACAGUGGUGUGGAGACCUCCUUCCGUAAGCUGAGCUUCACUUAUUCAGACUCCCUGACCAGCAAGUCCUCACUAACACUUGGCAAAAUGGCCCUGGGCUAUGGACAUGAAAGUUCAGGGCAAAGCAAUUACAUAGCUGACUAGUGAUCUUCAAUUAGCAAUGUGCAGUUACAGGAACAAAUGGGACAUUUCAAAUUACAUCAGUGUCAUCCUGGCCAGAGGGAAAAGAACUCACAACCAAAAGUACACUGGAAGAAUCCCACCUGAACACGAACAAAUGGCAACUGCAGCAUGUGACUCCUAGCCACUGCUUCCUUCCUCAAGUACAUUUAAUUGUGUUCAUUUACAAGCCGUUUACAACAACCAGGGCUCCACUGCUGCAUUAAUACACAGGUCUGGACGCUGUGAAAGACUGACUGAGCUUCCCUGGUCUGUGAGGAUUUUCUUUUACAGAUAAAAAAGAAGUUGUUAGUGCAUAAUACAAACUUACUAGAGAGGUUGCGCGCACGAGCAAUCAGAGGAUACAGUACCUAGCUGCUCUCUUCAUAAUUUUUGCAGCACAGUUGCAUGCAAACAGCUUAUAAAAUAGCUGGCAAAGAAAAAUCAUUAAUCACAACAGUGACAACUUGGCGUAAAAAGAGAAUCCUAAAAGAAUCUUGUAUAUUUCAAAUAAUGUAUUUAAACUUAACUCUGGUGCCUCUUAUUCAAAAAUUUUUUCAAGUUUGGCAUUUUCCUACUUGUAAAUAGUUUUUUUUUUAUAUCUGUUCCUUUUUGAAAAAGCGUGCUUUUUAAAUGCUUAUUUUUAUUUUACUUUUAUAAUAAAACCCCAAAAUUAAUUCUCCUGUCUGUGCUUACUGUGAUUUUUACAUUACUUUUCAAGCAGAGGUAUUGAAGAUUUAGAUGCAGUUUUAGGCAUUGGUACAAGAUCAUGCUGAUUUCCAAGCACUAAAAUAAAUAAAAGGUUGCAAGCCACAAAGCUAAAGUAUCUUUUAUGGAGGGAGAGCAGGACCAUCACUUACUGCUGAGAAGCUGUGCUUUGAGAUUAAAGCCUCUCCCUUGUUUUAAUUCUCAUCAUUAUGGCAGUAUAGAAUCAUUUACACUGAAACCAACUAUUUAGUGUCUCAACAAAUUUCUGAUGAGACAGCUCUCCUUUGGGCUAUCUAGAAUCUCCUGUAGUAAUUGUGCUCAUGAGCAGUGUUUCUUCUUGUCUGACAUCAAUUAUGAGAUGGUGAGUGUCCUGUAAUUGAUGUUGGCCCAACUAAACAGAACAGGCAUCAGAGUUCAUGAUGAAAAAGCCAAGAGGAGCACUGUACCACUGUCACUUACUU